AUGAAUUUCAAAUUGUUUUUUCUUUUUUGUCUUGUUUUCUUGGUGGGUCAGCUGGAGGGCUUCCCUCAACAAGGUAGGUGGUUCUUUUCUUCUCAUUUAUGUUCAAUGAUUUCAUAAGCACGUAUGUAGCUGGUUUUAUACGUCCAUCUAUAUACUCCGAGCUUGGUCUUAGCUAUUUCGUGUCAUCAAAAUUUAAGGCCUUUCCUCGUUUAUAAUCAUGUUUCGGUCUUGACAUGCUUAAACGGUUUUUUACUUUUACUUUUGCGUUUCAAAUGACAAGCGUCGACGCAUGUGGCGUCACUUUAGUGUUCAAACAUAAUUAUCUCCCCUUACUAACAGGUGUUUUAAACUUGCAAAUUGGAUUUGCUUCGCCCAAAAUGACUGUGAAUUUAUAUAUAUAUAUAUAUAUAUAUAUAUAUCAAGAACUUUAUGGCAGCAUCCAUUUACGAGUGACCACAGAUACGAUAUUCAUCCUGUAUGUUAAAGAUUACGACAUGGAUAAUUGAAUAUGUGAUUGUCGUCGACCUGUUUUUAUUCAUUAAAACUUUGAAACAUUGUAACUAAAAGUUAACAUAAAUUUAUUUUAAAACAAAAGAAAAAUGAAAAUGAAAUACAAAACAAGAGAAAGGUAGUUUAGUCACUAUUUCUGAAAGUGGCAUUCCGGUAUUUUGAGUCAAAUUCCUGGAUGGAAGACCGACUUCAUGCAUGCUUCGCUAAGAGCAACAUUUUCUAAAAGAUGAAUCUUGGGUUGAAGUAAAGUGUAAAAAACAUGCAUACAAUAAUGGUAAUAAUGCUUGCCUAUGCUAUUAAUUUUCCUCACUGCCACGUUACCCAUUUGCGAUGAAGAUCACCAGUGUUAAUGAGACAUGCACUUAUUUCUUUUUUAAAUUCUUUCGUUUUUUUUUAAUUUCUUUUAUUACCACGUGCAAAUAUAAGAACCAGAGGAAACUGAAGAACCCGAGGGAGAAACUGAAGAACCCGAGGGAGAAACAGAGGAACCGGAGGAGACAGAAGAACCGGAGGGAAGAGAAACCGGAGGAAACAGAGGAACCCGAGGGGACAGAUGA